AUGAUGAUAGGAUCCCUAUUGUUGGACAGGUUUGCAUUUGGGCUUAGGUGCUAUUUUCUUUCAAAGAAUUGUUUACGACUCAAAUCCGUGGCGCGCAAGGCUCAGAAUCAAAAUAUUCGAUCUUUUUACACAACCCAGCGCUUCAGAAUCGAAUCUAGCCUUCUUGAAGAAUCCAUCGUCCCGUUUCGUAAACAUAUCAAGGAUUUCCAGAAAGAGCAAAGACGAAAAGAAGCAAGUGCCCCCAAAAAACCCAAGGGUAAAAACCAGAGAGUAGAAGGCUGGAAACUUUCUGUAGGCAUCGAAAUUCACGCGCUUCUAAAUACUGAGCGAAAGCUAUUUUCAUCGGCUUUCUCUACUGUCAACAAUAUAGCUAAUACUCAAGUUGCUCUCUUCGAUGCGGCAAUACCGGGAUCACAACCAAAUUUCCAAAAAGAAACCUUAAUACCUGCGAUUCGAGCAGCCCUAGCACUCAACUGCAAGAUUCAGACAGUUAGUAAAUUUGACCGCAAGCAUUAUUUUCACUGGGACCAACCUGCAGGCUAUCAAAUCACGCAGUAUUAUGAGCCACUUGCCAAAAACGGAUAUAUCAGGCUAUAUUCGCACGAUGGUAUCGCUAACGAAGAUGGAGACCAAGUUUGUGUGAAAAUAAAGCAGAUACAAAUGGAACAAGAUACUGCCAAGACCAUAGCAUUGCCCGCAGGAUAUCUUGUAGACCUGAAUCGAGCUGGGCUUCCCUUGAUCGAAAUAAUAACAGAGCCAGAAAUACACUCUCCACAAACAGCAGCAGCAUUAGUUCGUAAGAUCCAGAUCCUCCUUACUGCUGUAGAUGCAUGCGUUGUGGGAAUGGAGUUCGGUGGGCUACGGGCUGACAUUAAUGUCUCCGUCUCUAGAGAAAAUAUCGAUCCAAAUCUUCAACAUGGACAAGUCCCAAAACUAGGACAAAGAACAGAAAUUAAAAAUUUGUGUAGUUUUAAGAGUAUUGAAGACGCAAUAAUUGCAGAGCGUGACCGUCAGAUUUCAAUACUUGAGGGCGGAGGUACAAUUGAUGGCGAGACAAGAGGAUGGAAGAUUGGUACUACCAUGACAAAAAAAUUGCGGGGAAAGGGAAGUGAGGUUGACUACAAGUAUAUGCCAGACCCCGAUCUUCCGCCAGUUAUCAUCGGUGAGGAUUGCAUCUCCCAUCUCAAAGCUACCCUUGGCAUCCUUCCAGAUGAAGAGCUUAACCUUCUGAUUAAUGAGUAUGGUCUAGUGGUAAAAGAUGCACUAUCUUUAUUAUCACUUGAGAACGGGGGCCGGGCUGAGUACUUUUACAAACUAGUCGAUAAUCUUCAGCAGCAACUUCCUAGCACUAGCUCUCAAAAUAUUGGAAAGCUUUGUCUCAAUUGGGUCAUGCAUGAUAUGGCAAGUCUCAGGCACGAUGAGGCAGAUAUUGUAAAUCCUCUCAAUAUGGAUCCUCGUGGAAACUGUAUAAUUCCACAUGAGCAGCUCGCAACACUACUGUUUCAGGUAGAGACAGGCCGACUACUACGAAAACCUGCUAAAUUUGUUCUCCGUGAACUUUUUCGUAGCUUGAUCGAAGGAAAGCCUACGACCGUGCUUGAGAUUAUCGACAGGGAAGGCCUUUGGGGCCACUUAAUAACUGUGGAUCAGUAUCGAAAGCUAGCUCGGGCAACGUUGAGCAGGCAUGAGAACAUUUUAAAAGUUGUGCUGGAAGGUAAUGAUACGAAGGUUAAGUUCCUAUUAGGGACAAUGUUAAAAGAAGAUGAAAAGGGAGCUAUGGAUCCUAUUUUCGCCGAAAAAGUACUCCGUGAAGCUAUUAAAGAAUGUGGAGAAUCUGUAUAA